CAUCGAAGAGACGUUAUCCGAAGAGAAAAAAAGAGAAGGAAAGAGAUCUUUACUCAAAGUGCCAUUCUUCUGGAACGAGGGUCGGAGACCAAGCGAUACACCAGCCUGCUGGCCCACAAGAUUUAGAACGAUGCUGUCCGUACAAAGCACAGUUGCCUUGGCAUUAAUGCUCUUCAUCUUGGUGGAAUACUCGGCAGCGAUGCCGACGACCGACAAAGACAAGGCCAGAUUUUUGAACAACGUGAAUCUGGUGGAUGACGACGGCAGCAUCGACAAGGCUCUGAUGAAUUACUUAUUCACCAAACAGAUCGUGAAACGUCUCCGUAAUCAGAUGAACGUCAAUGACUUGCAGCGCAAACGGAACUUCUGGAGGCAGUGCUCCCUCAACGCGGUGGCUUGCUUCGGUAAAUAGGUGCACAGCAAGACAGAGGAAAAACAGGCGAGAGAGAGAGAGAGAGAGAGAGAG